GCGUGGCCAAGGAGGGGGCUCGGCGGCGGCGGCGGCGGCAGUGGCAGUAGUGUUACAGCGGGUCUCGCGGCCCGUCUCGCGGCGGAUAUGGAUCAGAAGCUUUCUCAGUUAGUGGAGGACCUAACCACUUCGGGGGAACCACAACUGGAUCCUGAAAAAAUGAAGGAAGUGAAAAAAAUCUGCAAAUCUUCAGAGGAGCAUAUCAGUCAUGCUUACCAUUUACUCAUGACUCAGUUGAAUCAAGAACAUGCUGAGAUACGUUUCUCAGCUUUUCAGAUUGUGGAUGAGCUCUUUACCAGGUCACAUCAAUUUCGGACACUAAUUAUUUCCAACUUCCAAGAAUUCCUGGAACUCACAGUGGAAACAGACUAUGAGCAGCCUCUCCCACCCCCAAAAGAAGUAGCCCAGAAACUGAAGAAAGCUGCCCUCAAAUCUAUUACAGAAUGGAAUGAGAAAUAUGGAGAUGCCUACAAGAAGCUUUCUCUUGGAUAUCAUUUCUUAAAGCAUAACAAAAAGGUGGAUUUUCAAGAUGUUAGUGCCAGGAUGGCCGAAAGAAAAAGGGACGAGGAGAAGCAAAAACGGUUAGACAGCAUCUAUAAAGAAAGGGCCAAAAGAAUGGAAAAAGAAAUGCAAGAAAUGUCUGAAGAGAUUGAAAUGUGCCUAACAGAGAUGGAGAAUUGCUUCAGACUGUUAAUGCCCUUUGAUUUGACCAUGAGAGAUGUGGAGGUAGGAGCGGUGGCAGCCAGGGCUGCUAGGUCACACAGAGAUGCCUUGUCAGUGGCUUUGAAUGGUACAGUCACACAGCCAGCAUCUGGUUUGAGGCCUGAUGACCAGGAGCAGCCUUGUUGCAGUAAAGACUUACUUCCUCCAUUUCUCUGCCCGAAAGAAGUUGGAAACAGAGAUUGGCCAAUGAGGUCGAGACCUUCAGAGCCAAAGGAGGUGGAUCACAGGGAGUGUGCAGAAGAUGAUUCUGAUGACGACGAUGAUGACGAUGAAGUCGACUACAAUGAUGAUGAUUAUGAUGACGACGACGAUGAUGAUGAUGAUGCGGAUGGGGAUGGGGAUGACUUUAUAAGAAGCCACGGUCUUGGCUCCCAUAAGUACUCUUUGAAUUUGGAAAUCCCUACAGGUUUGCAAGUGCAUGAGAAUGAAGAUAACAGGGCUGUGGUAAACAGUGCCAUGGAUGGACUUAAGCUCAUUAAAAAUAAGUUCCUGCCUUCUGUUCAGUCAUGGAUUCAGCUGUUUACUCGAGCAGGGAUUCAUGAUGAACGCUUGAAACGUGCCAUUGAUCUUAAGAAGAAAUUAGAAAUUGCUGUUGGAAAAUAUAAGGAAAUGAAUAUUGAACCUGAAGUAAGAGAAAGGAAAAUGAGGCAAGCCUUAGAUGCUGACUCCGAUGAAGAUGAAGAUGAAGUGGAUUUUGUGGAGGUGCCCGAGAAGGAAGGUUAUGAGCCCCACAUUCCAGACCACCUGCGGAAGGAGUAUGGGCUAGAGCCUCUGUCACAUCUGUCAGCCCCAAGUAAAGGAGGAGGAAUGAAGUCAGGCGGUCUCAGUUCAGCUGCUAACCCAAGACGCAAUGAAGAAGAAUUGGACCCAACCUGUGCUGCAGCAACCCUGAGGGUGCUCCAAGACAGGCUCCCCAAGUUCUCUCCUCUGCCCAGCAGUGUAUCGGGAAGUGCCCUGGCAGCUUCUAUGGGAGAGGCUGAUGACAGCAAGGCAAGGAAGCUAGCAGAAGAGCGAGCGAGAGCACCUGUGAUGCCGUUUGGGAUGGACCUUUACUACUGGGGGGAAGAGCAGCCUACAGCCGGGAAGAUCCUUAAAUUUGGUUCCCAGCAUCGCUUCUGGAAGCCAAACGAGACAGAAGAGGAAGUAGAAAGUACAGAAAUUGCUGAGAUGUUGAAGAGUCGCUACAUCACCUUUGCUGGAAAGUUUGAGCCUGUGAAGCACAAGUGUGGGGCCCUGAUGCCCAAUGGGAGCCUCUGUGAGAGGCAGGAUCGACUGAAGUGCCCAUUCCAUGGGAAAAUCAUUCCCCGGGACGAGUGUGGCAAUCCUAUCAACCCAGAAGACAAAGCCAGAGAGGAAAAGAAGAAAUUUGAGAAGCAGGCACAGCACCCAGAAUGGCAAGAUGCAGAGUUUAUGAAGGAACUUGAAGCAGCUACUGGAGUGGACCUCGGCUCUGCUAGGUACAGUAAAAAAGGAACAGAGGGGAAGAGCAAAGGAAAGAAAAAGAAGUACCCAAAUCUGACCGACCUGAAGCAGCAAGCCAAUACGUCCCGGACAAGGAUUGGGAAAAAGGUGUUUGACAAAGGAGCGAUGAAACGGGUGAUAAAGGCCAUGAAUCGUAUGGACCAGAAGAAGCACGAGAAGUUUGCCAACCAGUUUAACUACGCAUUAAAUUAAAUUGUUUCCAAACUGAUCCCCGGGGAGAAGACACAACAUUAUGGGACUGGAACUAAGUGUAUGUGGAAUCUCCCAAGACCUUCAUGUGGCCUCUUCCAGCCAGCAAAUCAACUUGUCCCAUCUGUUAACUCUGAGAUUUGAUGAUGAACAUGGCUUUUAGCAAUAACACCGGGGCCAGACACGAGUGUGUAUAUUUAACAUCAGCUGGUAACUACUUGGACUUGACACUAAACAUAAUGAGCUUUAUGGAAUGUCCUGUACAUAUUCUAAUUAAAGUUCUAGGGGCUUUCCUUGCUCGUGGGCUGAUGUAAUUGAUUCUCCCGGUCUUUGGGGCCUGGGCUGGGCUGUUUAGCUUCAUCAAGUGUGUGGGUGUCCAUCAAUGUCAGCCCCCAGCUGAAGCUCUUUAAAUUCUGCCCACCACACUGACUACAGUCCCUGGUGCUACCUCAUGCUUGGCUAUGCCAAGUGUGGCAUGGGGAGGGACUGCCUGCUUUUCAAGGGGUACACUGGAAAUGAAUUACACCUUCUGGUUCCAUCAGUUUUGUGUUGGUCUUGGGGCUGGGCAGAAAUGAAUUUGUAUCAUAUUACACAGGACCACAUUGUCACUGUGAUGCUCUUUAUAACUUUCCUGAGCCUUACAUGAAUUUUAAAUUAUUGUUUGUAAUAAUAAUUAUUAGUAUCAACUAUUGUAAUGAAUAAAAACUGUUGUUAACAUGAUUUUUUCAUUGUACACAGUGCCUAGAAAAUCCUCUUAGGCACAUAGUGUAAUAGAAUGAGUCAUAGAGAUUUGAUGUCAAGACCAGCUCUACAGCUAACCUGCUAUGUGAUCUUGGAUAAGAUGUUGUCUUUCUGUGGACCUCAGUUUCCCCCUCUGUAAAUGAGGGAACAUGAUGGUGUCUAAAGUCCCUUCUAGUUCUGUUAUCCGAUGUGAGAAAAG